AAAUAUAGUAGAAAUUCAGACCCACUUAAAGCUCUGUGAAGAGAAGUCUUGGAUGAUUUAGAAGUGAACAGCACAGUGUGAUCUUGUGUGUUCAAUGUACUGUCCACGGUUGUGACUGUGAUCAUAAAAAUGAGACAACAAGCAAAAACCCUGUGGUAUGACCGACCCAAAUAUGUGUAUUUGGAGUUUUGUGUGGAAAACAGUCAAAAUGUCAAGGUAGACAUCACAAAAGAAAAGGUUAUCUUCAGCUGUUUAAAUGAAGAUAACAUUCAAAUAUACAAUGAAAUCCAGUUAUAUGAUGCAGUGCAGCCACUGGAUUCCAGGGAGAAGCGCUCUGAUCGAUCCAUAACCUGUUUCUUGAGGAAACUUAAAGAGAAGGUGGCCUGGCCCCGAAUUACAAAGGAAAAUCACAAGCCUGCUUGGCUCUUUGUAGAUUUUGAUAACUGGAGAGACUGGGACGCUGAAGAGGAAGGGGAAAUGGCAGUGGCUGAACAUUAUCUAGAUCUCAUCAAUAGUUGCAAGGAUAAAGGGGCUCCUCCGAGCAUGGAUGACUUGGACGAUUUAGAUGAUGAUAUGUAAAAUCAGUAAAGAACUGCAAUAAAUCGAGAACAUAAAAUUGCACAAGCCCCUGAAAAAGGCAAAGAAUGCAUACAACAGUAUUCCAAGAAACAUUCUGAACAUGGAUUUAUAUAGUAAAAGGACAUUCUGGAUGUUUGUGAUGUGCAAUGCUAAAGCUAUUGGCAACACUUAGAUGCAUAUUUAUAAAGCAAUGUAUAAUAUGUUCUGCCUCAACUGAUGUUAAAGUUAGUGUAAUAUAAUUGGUGUAUUUUUAUUUAGUACUCGACUAAAGCCAGCAGACAUAUUUCAUAGGUACCGGUGUAUUAAAAAGAAAUUCUGGAAAAAUGUAUGUUGUUGCCCUGCUGGAGUACACUCCACACACGUAUGGGCAUGAAGCUGUGUAAGCCUUGAAAAGGUGGAAAAAUAAAACUGAGAAGCUUUAAAGACACGCUAUACUGAUGUUUUUUAGAACUGCAGCAAGAAAUAUUUUGCCUGUUUUGUACCUUAAGAAAAAUUGAUGUAAAAUAAAGUGUCAUUUAAAAAGCUCCACUGUAGUUAAAGGAGAAGGAAAGUCAUUUUUGGCAUUUUACUGGCAAUAGAUUUGCCACAUUAGUGUCACCAAGGUUAUAUUUAUUCAGCAGAAAGCUUUACUAUACCUGAGUAAAGAGCCCUAGAAGCUCCCUCCUAUAACAGCUGCCAUUUUAUCUUGGUCUUGGUAUCUUCCUGCUGCAGUUAUAGCCCUUGGAAGCGCAGAUCACACCUUCCAAUGGGAGGGUACAGUGAGUUCUUGAGGGAGGGGGAGAGAACUGAGCAGACUCAUGCCCCAAACCUUAAGGAGCCCUAAAAGAGAGGAAGUCUGACACAGAAGAACAUGUUCACAAAAAAAAGAAAUUCUGUGUUUCUUUAGAUAGAGGACUCAGUGCAGCUUUUCUGUGAGUGUUGUGUAUGGCUGUAUUUACAUACACAUUUCUGAUCAUUUAAAGGAGAAUGAAAGGUAAAAAUUAACGCCGUGUAUUGUGAUUGAAGAAAAGAAAUCUAUUACAGAGUGCCAAUUCUAUAUAAAAGGUGUAUGAUAUGUACUGCAAGGAUUGCCAAUAAAUGAGGCGAUUUUACACUAGAACAUGCUGGCUGUAAGUCAAUAGGACAAGUUUAGGGCAGAAUGGAAUUUCCGGUGUGAAAUGUGAUUAAAAAAGCUGUCCUGCUCAAUUGCAGCAACUGUUUUAUAUGACAAAUAUUAUAAAAUGUAUUGUUAUUGGUCCAAUAUCUGGUUUAGUUCAUAUCAAUAUAUUUGAAAAUGCAGAAGGUUCCAGAUGUGUAAUCCUGGUGGCAACAACGGUGCAAAUGCAGCAUAUCUGGUGUGACAAAGUUCACAGCUCCACAAAUAACCUUAGAAAUGUCUAGCUCCUCUUAAAGGGGCAGUAUACCCCCUUGUUCAACAUGACUGCAAUGCACAGGGCUUCUACCAAAAGGCACUCAUGAGCAUUCCUUCAUUCCACAGGGGCGCUCAGAAAGAAACAAAUCCCAUUCUUUCUAAUGAGGCUGUACUAACACAGGCACAUGUAAGCACCAAACGGAGGUGGAACGCAACAUACCAAACACUGAGCCAGCAGCUCAUUAGUACCAAUUAGUACCUCUGACUUGAAUGGGAAAUGUAUGAAAGCAAAGGUAAGCAUUCACAUUCUACACAUUUCCUAGUCAAGCAGUGGGAGGCCAUAACUAGAGGUUAAAGGUGUGACAUUAAUCGAAAACCACAAUAUUCACAAUAGAUUUAUUUGCUAUGUUAUUGUAGGCCCUUCUAGAACAGUAGCAUAUAUGUCAAACUUUCUCAAUUUCAUAUAGUAUCCUUCCUUUUCAUAUACCUUGCAAUCUUCUGGUUUAAAAGGACAAGGCAACAUUUAAAAAAAAAAAAA